CGUCAACAACCGCUUAUUUGCCAAUAACAAUAACCCAGCAUUUAUUUCCCCAAUUAUCAACUCCAAUUUCUACUUCCUAAAAGUCACCCCAUUAACAAGCGAAUAGCCUCAAAUCUUCUCUCCCUCCCUUCUAAAGCCUUUUUUUGUACCUCUCAAUAAGAAUAAUAAUAGAGAGAGCGUUCGGUUAGUUUGGAAAGAAUGGCAGCUCGAACACUGGAGUCCCAGUUUGGGCGUCUUUCUGUAAACGAUGAAAAUGAUUAUCAAAAACCCAAGACUCUUGGGAGUACAACGCAGGUAGCACACAGCUCGAGCCGUCCAAAUCUCUUCAAGGUCGCUCUUCAAGCGCAGAGCGCAAAUACCGUCACCACAGUCACUCUCCCGUCGCAGGCCGCACAACGUAAAGGUGCACCACCUGCCUCGCCCGCGAGGAAACCACUUCCCUCCGCUGGUGCAGCGUCGAAGACAUCUUCCGAUGACAAGGAAAUAGUCGAGAGGAAGUCGGUGCCUCUGAUCGACCAGCCAUUUAUGCCCAAGGAAUUCCAUCUCGGCAUGUUCGAGAUCGGGAAGCCGUUAGGGAAAGGCAAGUUUGGAAGGGUUUACUUGGCCCGCGAGCGGACGAGCGGCUACAUCUGCGCGUUGAAGGUGCUCCACAAGAAGGAGCUGGAGCAGGGCCGGGUCGAGAAGCAGGUCCGGCGAGAGAUCGAGAUCCAGAGCAACCUGAGACAUCCCAACAUCCUGCAGCUGUUCGGGCACUUCCACGACAGCAAGCGGGUGUUCCUGAUCCUCGAGUUCGCGGGCAAGGGCGAGCUGUAUAAGCACCUUAGGAGGGAGCAGCGCUUCCCCGAGUGGAAGGCUUCGCAGUACAUCGCCCAGAUGGCGAGCGCUUUAAGGUACCUGCACCGGAAGCACGUCAUCCACCGAGACAUCAAGCCGGAGAACAUUCUUAUGGGGAUCCACGGCGAGAUUAAGAUCUCCGAUUUUGGCUGGAGCGUUCACGCACCGAAUAGCCGUCGUCAGACCAUGUGCGGUACCCUCGACUACUUACCCCCCGAGAUGAUCAAGCCCGGCAGCUCGGAUAACUACUACGACGAGAAGGUCGACUUGUGGAGUCUAGGCGUGUUAACGUACGAGUUCCUGGUGGGAGAAGCUCCGUUCGAGGACACGCCCGUCAUGACGCAACGGAGAAUUGCAAAGGCAGACAUGACCAUCCCCUCGUUUGUCAGCCCCGAGGCGAAGGAUCUUAUCAAGAAGCUACUGGUUCUCGACCCCCAAAAGAGGAUACCGCUGGAGCAGGUCCAGACUCACCCGUGGAUCGUCAAGCACUGCAUCAAGGGAGAGCGUGCCUCGAAUAGGGAAAAGAAGGAUCGCUCUAACGAAUGAUGACGAAUUAUUAACGGGAGUGAUUUUUUUUUCACAUUUGUAUAUUUGUUGUUGCAAGGCGAGGCGUUUUUGGGCAAUGGAACAUAAUGGCUUGAGGAAAUUUGCAUGCUUAGGGGAGUCAAUUUGCUAUUGCGUACCAGUCAUUCGAAAUUAAAGACGCAGACCUUAUUCGCCGCCUGGCCAGACUCUGUCUUCCUCUCUCUCUCUCUGUGUCUAUCUAUCUGCGGGAGGGAUAGGUUAGGUUAGGUGAUUAUAGUACAGGUGAUAAAAUACAGUGUUCGUUUCAAAGCGUUUUAUUUUUUUUUUUAUUUUUCUUUCGGUUGUGUCUUCACCUCUUCUUAUCUGUAAACCUCGUCGAAGGGCCGCGUGUCCGAGAAACACGAGUCCCAUACUUGGUUCACCACCUUGACUGCUUGUACGUCGUCCUUACACCUCGGCCGCGCGAGGACGGAUUGUGCUGCCCGCUUCCGCACGCAGUCUUGGAACUGCUGCGUUAGCUUCCAGUUCCCUCUCGUCCAGGCCUCUCUGGCCCAUCUGCACUCGCCGCUUAGCAUUGCUGCUCGGAUCUGUAGGUAGUGAGUGUCGUGCGUCAGCAAACCGUAGUAUUUGUACAUUUGUACACUUAGCAUAAUAGGGGGGGAAAGGGAGGGAAAGAGGGAGAGGAGUAAGUAAUACCUCUGUGCAAGCCGCAUGCUUCA